UUUAUCAUUAAAAUCAGAUAGUAAAUAAAGAUUUUAAAGAUGGCGGCCGUAAAGGAAAUUGCAACGGUGACGACAUUAUCCAUGAUGACGUCAGAGGCGUAUCGUAGGAUGUAGACAUGGAUGCUUAAGCCUACAUAUGGACAUUUCUAGCUGCUGGUAUUUUAAGGACUAAAACGAGAAAUUUCCCCUCGAAACGGGAAUUUUCCCCUCGAAAACGGGAAUUUUUUCCUUAAAACGGGACUUUUUGAGUCAUUUUGAAGAAUUUUUGUGUCCAAGAUGGCUGCCGUGACGUCACACACCACAACCACACUCCGACUCCAGAUCUCGGAGCCCCUAUUUUAUACUACUUUCGCACGGCUAUACUAAUAGGUUAAAAUUAAGCCACAUCUCAUAUUCAUAGUAAUGUAAAAAAAAAAUUCUGUGAAAAUUAUUACAAUGCUGUAUAAUGUACCGGAGAGAAAAUGAAUAGCACCGAUGGUUUCCCGACUCGUGCACGCAACGUACAACUGAUGUACUCGUACUUCGCUACGGCAGUCUACAGGCAGAUCACUCUUGCACCGCUCAUUAUACAUGCCCCUCCUUGUGGGUACGCCACUGCCGCGCGAUGCCCGUUGCCAUGGAGACGCAGAAGGCAUGAACAAUGCAAAAUCCUGUUCUCAUGCAGACAAAGUACCCACUGUUGCCUUGUUUAACCACCCAUGGGAUCUAAUUUUCGGAAAAUGUCAUCAUGCGUAACAUAAGGAACAUUACUGUGAAUUUUUCAAGUCUGUAAAAUAUAUAUACUUGAAAAAAAGGGCAAUAAAAAAACUAACUAAACACAGAGAGAGGAAAAAAAACAAUAGUUUAGGUUUGCGGUUAAAGUGAUAAAAAGUAUUUAAAUACUAAUUGAACUCUUAUGAGGGUACUGAUGGCUUCGUUGUUAACAUCUCACGGGUGUUUUUUACUUGUAUGGGAAAAUUAAGAAUGAUAAGGCAUCUAGUGCGUGGCAACAAUGUUAAUAGGCAAUAGGAAAUAAACUUCUAGCGCCUGCGGCAUUGUCAACACACACUUCGUACGUGUACUGCAUGUUGUAUCUAACCCCCUCCAACGCAUUUGAUUCUAAAUUAGACUUUUAGUAAGGAUCUAUUAUGUUAUUGAUAGUAUAAUAUAGCCCAUAGCCUUUUCGAUAAAUGCACUAUACAACACUGAAAUAAUUUUUCAAAUCGGACCAGUGGUUCUUGAGAUUAGCGCGUUCAAACAAACAAACAAACAAACUCUUCAGCUUUAUAAUAUUAGUAUGUAUAUAUAUAUAUAUAUACAUACAAAAAAAUUAUAACUUGACUUGAAACAAUUUCAAAACCUCAAACAUAUUUUAUAAAAUUCACUCAUUCAAUUCAGUAGCAUUUCUAAUAAUACUUGCCCUUAAUAUAAGUCAUUUACCUAAGAUAUAAAUACUAAAACUGUAAUGGACUUGUGAAAUCCACUUCAGAUACAUAUACAAAAGAGUGAAAUAAACUUAAAACAGGAACCAAAAUGUUUGGUAAGGUUUUAUUUAUGACUAUUUUCAGUUUGGUGGUAUUAUACACAGAAAUCAUAAAUCUUAUUAUUGGCCACUAUCACGCUACGCAUAGGCGAUAAAAUCAUACUACUAAAAUAUGUAAUGAAUAGUAAUUAAAUAAAACUAUUUAUUGUUUUUGACAACUACCGUGAAAUUUAUUUUGUUACGGGAUUUAUUUUGGUUGCUAUAUAUAAUGUUAACAUGCAUAUACUCUACAGAUUGAUCGCCAUAGGAUUUCUCGGGAACUUCGCCCUACUUGCUGCCGUCUGCUGCCACAGAAAACUUUCGCAUAAGCGUGAACAUCCACAUCUUGAACAUGGCCAUCUGCGACAUGGUAUUCAUUUUUUGUCUGACGCCCAUAAACAUUUCAUUGAAUCAGAUGGAAGUCAUGACGAGGGUCUUAAUCACGACCAGCUUCCACAGCUUCGUCGGCAACGUCGCCCAGGCGGCGUCCGUGUACUCCGUCGCGGCGCUGAGCGUCGAGAGAUUCCUGUCCGUGAGGUCGUGCGCCAGGGACACUCUCGUGCUGCCGAGGGAGCGAAGGAAGUGGUGCGCGGCGGUCGUCGCUGCCAUCUGGGUCUUCGUCGCCGCUGCCAAGGUCUUGUUCCUGGUCUUCUCGGGAGAUGGAAACUUGGGGCUGGCAUACAUCUGCAUAGAGUUCACCCUAGGCUACGCCCUCCCACUCUUCAUCAUCGCCUUCUUCUGCGCUCUGACGGCGAGGACCUUGAAACACAUCUCCGUCUCCGUUCCCGGGGAGAGUCGAGUGAAGCAGCUGGCUCAGCUGCGCGGAGCAAUCCGAGUCGUGGUCAUGCUCGUGGCGAACUACGUCCUGUGCUUCACGCUCGAAUACAUCAAACAUAUACAAUUUUAACUAUACGGAAUUGAUUUUGAUUGCUAUAUAUAAUUUUAACACGUAUAUCCUCUACGGGUUGAUCG